AAACCAGGUAAGACCAAGCAUGCACUAACAGUAAUAGGUACUCAGGCCAUUUACUUGGGAAUUUUCUUUCAUGACUUUGUGGAUACUUCUUUUUACGUGCCUUGAUUUCCUCUUUUCUCUGGUGGACACAAAUGUCUGUUCCCUGUUGUUAUAUGGAGAGAUUUCUUUUCUUUCUUUCUUUCUUUUUCUUUUUUUUCUUUUUUUGAAAAGUCCAUUCAUAAAACUUUUAUUCCACUUACAUGAGGAGAGAGUUUCUAAAAAUAGGGUCUUAUGAAAUUCUUUGAAAGAAGUGACUCUGACAAGAUCAUCUGCAGCUUUGUCAGACUAUCUCUACCCACACCCUUCUUGCCAUUCUGAUAGAAGAGUAGUGGUAUCUUAGAAGGCCAGGGAGGGCUAUAAAAGGCAAAAAGGUUUCACAAUGAUUUGAUGUGCUAAUGUCUCUCCUAUAAGCACUAGAACUAGAACAAAAAGGAGGGGAUGGGUUGCUAGACUUGAUUUUGAUUUGGCUUAUCUUAGUGGAUGAUACUUAACCUUAACCUAGACACCUUCUUCACACUAACUCUUAACCUUCUUUGUACUAGUAGACCCUUCUCUUGUAGGCCUUGCUCUUGUAUGAAAACAGAAGUGCAGAAAAUUCUGGCUCAGUUAAUAUCCUCCUUAACAGCUGAGUAUCUUUACUGUCUACCUGUAAGCCCUGACUGGGAGCUUUUAAAGCUUUGGAGGCUCUCAGCAGUAGGAUUCACCUAGAGAAAGUUAAUUCUUUGCUUUUUGAUUGCUCAACAAAUUAUUUGCUGAGACAAAAAUGGGGUUGGUGGCUGGAAAUGUAGCUCAGUGGUAGAAUAUGUCUUUUUGCUUUUUGGUUGCUCAACAAAUUAUUUGCUGAGACAAAAAUGGGGUUGGUGGCUGGGAAUGUAGCUCAGUGGUAGAAUAUGUCCCUAACAUGCGUGAAGCCCUGGAUUCAAUUUCUAGCACUAGGGGAAAAAAAAUUUUUUUAAAGGUGAUGGUGGUGGCAUUGGAGUAUUCAUUAUUUAUGGUGAUUUUAUUGGUACUUAGGAAGAUCUUUUCCUUUCUAGGAAAAGAAUGAGAAUUGAUGGACUGGGGUUGUGGUUCAGCAGUAUAAUGCUCGCCUAGCACAUGUGAGGUGCUGGCUUUGAUCCUCAGCACCACAUAAAAAUAAAUAAAUAAAUAAAAUAAAGGUAUUGUGUUCAACUACAAUUUAAAAAAAUAUAUUUAAAAAAAAUAAUGAGAACUGAGGGGUAAGAUCUGGCAACUGGUAAACUGUAUAUGCUGAGAGUGUCAUAUAUUUAAUCUACAGUUAGCUUGGCUGCCUUCUUCUACCUGGCUCCCUUUUUCUAACUUCUCGACCAUAGUUUAAAAUGAAGCUCUUUGGCCUUGCUCAGACUUGUACCUGGAAGAUGGAAAGUAUCUGGCACCAAUUCGGGCUGAGUCAUUUGUGAACCGUGACUCUUGUGAUAUGCCGAAGAUUCCAGGCAGUUUCUGUGGAACAUCUCCCCGUCCAGCUCUAAUCAAGCAUCAUAUAAACAAGAAAUUGUUUGGUCAAACCUGUGAGGACUGUGCUCUGACUGCCAAAAAGAUCAGUACUGACAUCAGAAUGGCAGCUACUCUCAAAUUAUUAAAACCUUUAAAAUAUCAAGCAUUUCGCGAUUCUUUUGCCUACAGUGCCACCCAAAGUGUGGCAUAUUGGAAUAUGGGAAGCAAUAUACGACAUAGGGGAAAGGCCCCUCCUGAGCGUAGUAGUUCCUGCCAUCCUGCCAGAAAAGUUAAGAACGUUGGUAGUGGUACCUUUUCUCAGAGGGUCUUCACAAUCAGCAGUGCCUUUCUGGGUUUGGAAUUCAGCAAAGCUUCUACCUCUAAAGCCAGGAAGUUGCAGCUGGACUCACCCAGGACUAUGAAAAUUGAUGAAGAGGAUGUAGAAGUUUUUGAUUCCUUUGAAGGCACCCGAGUUUUCCUACAGCUAAGGCCAGAAUACCAGCUUCACAGCUAUAACAGAUCUGAGACUUGUCAGCCCCUCUCUGUUUCAGAAGGCGAACUAAUUUUGCACAAAGUCACAGUUUAUCAAAGUAACCUUCAACCUCAAAUCAUUGCUGAUUAUUUCUGUAAGCUGAGCUCUUUGCCUACAGAACAGCAUCCUGUUUUGCUGACAAGUACCAGCUUUGCUCUGCUCUGCCAAUUGAGUGUGAAAAAUAUACAAGUCUUUGAUAUUCCAGAUCUAAUCAGUAUUUUGAAAGCCUUUGUUAGUUUAGGAAUUCCUCACUCUCAUUCAAUGCUAGAUGUGUAUGAAACCAGGUUUUGUCAACAGGUAUGGGAGAUGAGUCUGAAUCAGCUUCUCUUGGUGGCUGAUCUCUGGCGGUGCUUAGGUCUCAGAGUACCUCAGUUUUUAAAAAUUUUUUUUAGUUACCUUAAUUUGCACUGGAAAGAUCUAUCCUUGUCCCAGCUGAUUCACUUAAUUUAUAUUAUAGGUGAAAGUCGACAGGUGCCUCAGGACCUAAUGCAAAAACUGGAAUUAUUGAUCCUUAAGUAUAUAGAUUUGAUCAACUUAGAGGAGGUUGGUACAAUCUGUUUGGGAUUCUUUAAGUCAAGUAGUAGUCUCUCUGAAUUUGUAAUGCGGAAACUUGGAGAUUUGGCUUGUGCUGACAUGGAGCAUCUGAGUAGUCAUGCCUUAGUGCAUAUUCUUAAAAUGUUCAGAUUCACUCAUGUGGAUCAUGUAAAUUUCAUGAAGCGCUUUGGAGAGAUAGCUCCUCAGCGAAUUCCUUCCCUGGGGGUUCAGGGUGUUAUGCACCUGACUCUUGCCUGCUCAGCUUUACACUUUCUGGAUGAAGGAGUAAUGAAUGCCGUGGCUGCUUCUUUGCCUCCUAGAGUAGUGCACUGUCGCAGUAAAGAUAUUGCCAAAAUUCUGUGGUCAUUUGGAACUCUGAAUUAUAAGCCACCCAACACAGAAGAAUUUUAUUCUAGCCUGAUCAAUGAAAUUCACAGAAAGAUGCCUGAAUUCAACCAAUAUCCAGAACACCUGCCCACCUGCCUGCUGGGUCUGGCAUUUUCGGAGUACUUUCCAAUAGAGCUUAUUGAUUUUGCCUUGAGUCCAGGGUUUGUCAAGCUAGCUCAGGAGAGAAGUAAAUUUGAACUCACCAAGGAACUGUACACUCUUGAUGGUACAGUUGGUGUUGAGUGUCCAGAUUAUAGAGGCAGUCGUCUUAGUUCUUACCUUCAGCAAGAGGCAUCUGCUAAGCUUUGGAAUUUAGCAAGGAAAGAUAUGAACUCAAAGCCUGAAUUCCUAGAAGCUCUCUCUUUACUUGAGACCAUGUUGGGAGGCCCCCAGUACAUCAAGCACCAUAUGAUUUUGCCUCAUACUCGGUCUUCUGACUUAGAGGUCCAGCUUGACAUUAACAUGAAGCCAUUACCAUUUAAUAAAGAAGCCAUACCAGCUGAUGAUGUAGCCAAAUUAAAGCUUAAGCAUGUAGGAGUCAGCCUUACAGAUAAUUUGAUGAAUCAGUUGCUGAAAGGGAAAGCAAGAGGGCAUUUCCAGGGGAACAGUGAGUCAGAGACUUUGCAGCAGCCUGUAAAGUCAGAGAAAGAAUCCUUGGGGAAUUUUCUUUCAAAUAUGGCAGGUAGAUUGGGAGCUGUGGAGAUGACUGGCCUGCAUCCCUCAGCCCAUGUGCAGGCCCCACCAGUGAAGCUGGCUAUUCAGUUGACGAACAGGAACCAAUAUUGCUAUGGUUCCAGGGAUCUGCUUGGACUGCACAAUAUGAAGAGGCGGCAGCUGGUUCGGCUUGGGUACCAUGUGGUAGAAUUAUCCUACUGGGAAUGGCUCCCACUACUAAAACGAACUCGUUUAGAGAAGCUGGCUUUCCUCCAUGAGAAAGUGUUCACUUCUGUUCUCUAAAGGGCUUUCAUGGGUAUUUUUACUCUAAACUGUUGGUGUACACAGGUUGAGCAUCCCUAAUUUGAAAAUCCAAAACGUUCCAGAAUCUGGAACUUUGAAUACCACCAUGACCAUUCACUUUGGAUUUUAGACUUUUGGAUUAGGGAUAUUCAAAUGGUAGUCUAUGCAGAUAUUUCUUAAUCUGAAGCAACUCAAAGUCUUUCUUGUCUCAAGCUUUUUUUUUUUUUUUUUUUUUUUUUUAAUUAGGAACUGAGCCAGAGGCUCCACAUUCUGACCCUUUUUUUUGUUGUUGUUUUGAGACAGGGUCUUGCUAAGUUGCUUAGGACCUCUCUAAGUUGAUGAGGCUAGCUUUAAACUUGCUAUUUUCCUGCCUCAGCCUCCCCAGCCACUGGGAAUACGGGUGUGCGCUGCUGCGCCCAACCUGGUCCCGAGCAUUUUGAAUAAAAUCAUACUCAAUUUAUAGAGCAAAAUAAUUAUAAAAGCCAGAAUGUAAAUUUAGUAAUAAAAUAAUCUGUUGAAGAGAAUUAAUCAUGGUGUUAUCUGUUACAGAUUGAGCUAAUAUAUGUUAACUGUGAAUUAAUUGUGACCUGUAGCAGUAAUAAGUUAUUGCUAAUUUGUGCAUAUUACUCUUAGUAAGUAAUAAACAUUUUAAAAUGUC